AUGGGGCAGUUGACUGAAGAUGUUGCAUUCCACUCUAACAUACCGGUGCCACUGGAUAUAACUGUGGCUGUGGUCUACUCUGUUUUUGGCAUAUGCUCGCUAUUUGGCAACACCACACUACUGUACAUCUCUUACAAGAAAAGGAACCUCCUGAAGCCUGCUGAGUACUUCAUCAUCAACCUUGCUGUUAGUGACUUGGGCCUGACUUUGUCCCUCUACCCCAUGGCGAUAACUUCAAGUUUCUAUCACAGGUGGCUGUAUGGGAAAACAGUGUGCUCCGUAUAUGCAUUUUGUGGCAUGUUGUUUGGCAUCUGCAGUCUGACCACUCUAACUCUGCUAAGCAUGGUGUGCUUUGUGAAAGUGUGUUAUCCGCUCUAUGGAAACAGGUUUUAUUCUGUUCACGGCCGUCUGCUUAUUGCCUGUGCUUGGGUCUACGCCCUGCUGUUUGCAUGCGCCCCACUGGCCCACUGGGGGGAGUAUGGACCAGAGCCUUAUGGCACUGCCUGUUGCAUUGACUGGGGCCUGUCCAAUCAACUCAGCACAGCACGAUCCUACACUGUGGUACUGUUCAUCUUCUGCUACAUCCUUCCAUGCUGUGCUAUCUUAGCAUCCUACACAGGCAUUCUGGUCAUAGUGUAUGCAUCUCGCAAGACUAUGGAGCAACAUGCAUCGAGGCAGACGCACAUGAGCAGCAUCCAGAUGAAUAUUGUUAAGCUAAGUGUGGCUGUCUGCAUUGGUUUCUUAGCAGCAUGGAGUCCAUAUGCUGUGGUGUCCAUGUGGGCCGCCUUUGGACACAUCGAAAACAUCUCUCCUGCGGCAUUUGCCAUACCAGCCAUGUUUGCCAAGUCCUCCACCAUCUACAACCCAAUCAUCUACCUAAUGCUAAGACCAAACUUUCGCAGGAUACUCUGCAGAGACCUGAGUACGCUAUGCCAGGUCUCUAUAAAGGGCUGCAUCUGCCCCCAGUGCCAAGUAAAGUGCUGCUUAAAGCCAAAGAUCAGGGUCAGACUUCGCGCAGUCCACAGACAGACCAUUCACUUUGCUUCACCCACCUCUCCUCAACCACAAAUAGUGACAUUAAAGGGCCAGAGCUGUGAGAAGGGCAAAGAUGUGUUUGAGUGCUUCAAACACACCCCUCAAAUAUUUGGUGUCACUAACCCAGCUGCCAGUGGAGAUUUAUUAAAAGAUCAAGACAUUCCAGUUCCCCUAACGCAUGAGCAGGAUGCUAAAAGUAUUUAUCAGAAAGAGAAAUCCCUUAUAGCUGCCACAUGGGGAAAAAGAACUUUAGAAACAGACAACUUCUGUAUUAAUUUGGAGAUGGUUCAAAGGCAUGCAAAAGUGGCCUGGCCCUGA